UUUAACUUGCCACAGCUUGUAAAAAAAUGACAGUAAACGCAAGUAAAAAAAUUACAGUAUAUGCAAGUGAAAAAAUGUAUACUAUAUAUAAAUAUACAUAAAUGAUGAAAAGCAUCACCACUUCAUUGGAAUUGUACACGCUAUUUAGCUUAAGAUAGACCUGCGGGAUAUAGCAGGCAACAUGUACAAUUACAAGGAAACCCUGAUGUAUUUCAUUUUCGUACUUAUUGAAGUAUGUGCAGGUGUUACUGAAUUUCCAUGCCAAUUUCCUUGUCAAUGGCGCAACAAAACAUUUCGUUUAUUUGAAGCACGACAUGAAGAUGCAUGGACGUUUAGUGCUGAUGGUAAAACUAGCUUGUUAGGAGACUCUGAAGGUCGUCAAAAUUUCAGUUGUUAUCAAAUAACAGAACGAUUCCUUAUUUUGAGGCUUAAGGAUCGUGACUCCUCAUUCAAGUGUUUUCCGAUCUUUUAUGACCCUGCAAUUCCCUUGGAGAUUAAAUCAGGCGGUUGGAAUAACUUAUAUUCUCCCAAUAAGACAGGUGCAUUUACUGAUUUAUGUCCAGUAUGUCAAGGGAAAGAUGGGUUCACUUUAUGGACAGCUGACCCAGGACCACCGUCUACCCCGCUCCCUCUGUCGCUAGACUGUAAUAGACCAUCAUCAUGUACCCCGCCUGGUGUAGUUUGUAAUAUGAGUGACACCAUCCCAAAAACAUGCGCACCAACAACUGAACCAACAACAACACAUAGCCACUGUGGAAAGAAAAAGCAAUUGCAUCCAGUAAUUUAGACAUAAAUGUGUUGAAUGUGUCCGCUACAAGUUUGAUAUGCAAAUAAAGAUUCAUUUCUCACUUA